GCCACCCAACGAGGAGCAAUGACGGAGAUACUGGAAAGAAAGCCGUUCGGCUCCCAGUUUGCUAACGUGUACCUCAGCAUAUUCGCGCUCUUUUGCUUCAAGCUCUUCGUCAAGAUCAGCCUCAAUAUCCUCACCCACUUCUAUGUGGUCAAAGGCAACCGUAAGGAGGCCGCUCGGAUCGCCGCCGAGUUUUACGAUUUUGGUCAAGGACACAGGUCAUGGGCGGACCGCUCGCCGCUACACGAGGCUGCGUCUCAAGGUCGCCUGCUCUCCCUGAGGACUCUGCUGUCACAGGGCUACAGUGCAAACAUCCUCACCAUCGAUCAUGUGACUCCUCUCCAUGAAGCCUGCCUCGGAGACCACGUGGCCUGUGCCCGAGCGCUCAUUAAUGCAGGAGCCAAUGUAAACGGCACCACCAUCGACGGUGUGACGCCGCUGUUCAACGCCUGCUCCACGGGGAGUGUGACGUGUACAGAGGUGCUCCUGGAGCACGGUGCCAAGCCCCAGGCCGAAAUAUGCCAGCCCUCCCCCAUACACGAAGCCACCAGCAAAGGGCGAAGCUCGUGUGUGGAGGCUCUGAUUGCGUGGGGGGCUGACGUGGACUAUGACAUUCCUCACCUGGGAACGCCACUCUACAUCGCGUGCAUGUCCAAAGAGCUGCAGUGCACCCGGGUUCUGCUGGACGGGGGAGCAAACGUGCAGAAAGGAAGGUUCCUGGAGACGCCUCUACACGCUGCCGCGCAGAAGGACUGCCCGGAGAUAAUGCAAGUGCUGCUGGAGUUCGGAGCCAACAUCAACUCUAAGAACCUGGAGCUGAAGCGUCCGGUGGAGACAGCACCCCCUAGCAGCCUGGCUGAGAGGUUGCUCUUGCUGUACGAAGCCAUGCCCCGCUCACUGUGUCAACUGUGUCGUCUGAGCAUCAGGGAGUACGUGGGCCGGUCCAGGCUGCAUCUCAUUUCAGAACUUCAACUGCCCAAUUUGUUAAAGCGGUUCCUGCAAUACAGAUAGAACAGAGCUCCCCCACCUUCUCUGUAUCUCUCCCCCUCCCACACUCUUUCCCUCUCUCAAGUGCAUUUAUGACUUCCUAUAUUUUCUGCCUGUUUUUUUCUUCCCCCGAGCCACACCCAUCACUAAAAUGUAACUCUAUAACUGCACUCUCGUAACCAUGCAACAAAGGAACGGCACUACUGUACUUGAAUUGUACGAAACUAUCCUUUAGAAUGUAGGGCAAGAUUUGCAAAUAGAAAUUAAUCUCGACUUUGGAGUUCAUUAAGUCUAUAUGUGAUGCGUGUUUUCCUUAACUGUGAAUGGCUAAUGUAAACAAUAGUUGUGCCCCCCAAAACAAGUUUAAACUUGGGACAUUACACGUUUAAACUUUUACUGUGUUCUUAAUGUGUACGGUAUUGUGUUUCUUAGAAUGAAAAAGACACACUCACUUAAAAGUAUGAUUCAAAGCAAAGGAGAAAGCACAUUGCUCGUAUGCUGAAUGUGCCUCUGUCAUGUUGAGCCAGUUCUCUUUGCAAAUGUAUGUUGAUGUUUGUCUCUGCCUUGUGAAUAAUCUCCAGUUUCUAUUACUGUUCUGGAGUAAUAGGGUGUCAUUGUGACCUUUCUUUGCAUGCUUCCAGAUUGGACUUUUGAUGCAAAAUAGCAUUUAUAUGUUAUGUACUUAAGUACAGUAUCAUUGUCACUCUGGGAAACAGACACACCUAUUUUAUACAAUUCAUGUAUCAUAUUAUAUGUUUAAUUCACUAUCAAACUUAAAUGGGUCAGUACCUUGAGAAACACAGUUUGCAGUAUAAUGUGUGAACACCUGUAUACAUGUAGUGUUACACUGUUAACAAGGCCUACCUAGAGCUCAGCAGCAAGACCAGAUGACUCAACAAGAGAAUUCAGUGUGGUUCAUGGUCCAAUCGAAACGCUGUCAUUUUGAUUGUUGUGGCCCCUCUGUUUUAAACCUCCUCCCUAUAGCCUCAGGCCUGCUACAAUAGCUUGUUCGGGGUGAACAGUAUGAUGUGUGCAUUAACUCAGUUUGCCAUGUAACAUGGAGUCCUCUUUACUAACAUGUCCUUUUUGCUUAGGCCUUACAAAAAUAUAUGACCUCUAAAAAGACAAAAUCCUAAUAUAUGUAAAAUCAUGAUAUAUUUUCAAAUAUGUAUUCACAUAAACUUCACAUAUUAGAAUGCUGUCACUUUUUGUUAUGUUCUGCAUAUGCAGAUUUGUGAAAAAAUAUAUACUGUGAUAUGCUGUACAAUAAAUGCACAUUGUUGCAUAUGAUAAUUUUUUAAUAUUCCAUGUGUUUUUUGUUUAUAAAAUAAUGCAACACCCUUAUUUUUGCUAAUACAUUGUCCACAUGUUGACAUAUUAUGUGCUUUAAGUUGUGUUAUUUGUGUGCCUACACAUCUGAUAAAAGAACUACAUUUGAGUGUUACAUUAGCCAAGAGAUUCCAAGAUAAAUUACCGCAAUAAUCAUGUUCACAAUGGUGCUUGUGUUAUGCAAGACACUGAAAGCUUGUGGAUUUUUUGCUUAUCUGUAAACACAUUUAAGUGCAAAGUUUUAUAUUUUGAAUGUAAACUUCCAAUUCUCAUUAAUAAAUGCAUUUUGCCAAACUGCAUCACAUGUUAUAAGUGUAUGUAAAUGUCUGUGUAAAAUAUGAAAAAAUCAAAUAAAAAGCUUGAAUUUUAA